UGCGGAAGAUGGCGUCCCGGUGCAGCUGUCAAAACGUGUGAGUUUAAUACUGUUUGACAUUCUGUUAUCAACACGGACUCUCGAUUUGGACUAAAAUGCGCUUAUAAUAACUUGAGAUCAUUGCUUGAUAAGCGGAGACGACGUCUGCAUGGAGGGUGAAGAUGUUUUCUUCCGUAUGGAGGUGACAUUGGGGAGGACAGAGGCUGCAUCUUACACUAUAUAAGCGAAAGACCGUGUCAGAUCUCUCAUGUGAAGUUAUUUGAAAAUACCAAUGAACAUUAACUAAUUUAAGUAACUGGUACUUUAGUUUUAUUUGUUUUAAAAUGGCUUGGAGGUCACGGAUCUCUUCCAUUGGACGGAGGAAUCUAAGUAUUUUUUCACACCCGUCUCCCUCGAGCUGGACUAAAGUGGUGUCUGACGCGGAAAAGAUCGUAGGAUAUCCCACCUCAUUCAUGAGUUUACGGUGUUUACUCAGUGAUGAGCUCAGUAACGUGGCCAUGCACGUGAGGAAGCUGGUCGGGACGAAACACCCUCUUCUUAACACCGCCAGAGGAUUUGUGUAUGACAGCCGGAAUAAUCUACAGAUGCGAGGGCUAGUAGUGCUACUCGUGUCAAAAGCAGCCGGUCCCAGUACUAGCACCAGUGACCCCAUACACGACAGUAUGAUUAGCGGCAUCUACUCCAGUCAGCGUAACUUGGCUGAGAUCACAGAGCUGAUCCACACUGCGUUCCUGGUGCAUCGUGGCAUUGUAAAUCUAAAGGAGUGGACAAACUCAGAUGGCCCCCUCAAAGAUAUGCAGUUUGGCAAUAAGAUGGCUGUCCUGAGUGGCGAUUUCCUGUUGGCGAAUGCCUGUACGGGACUGGCCCAGCUCAACAACACCAAGGUGGUGGAGCUGAUCUCCAGUGCUAUCGGAGAUGUGGUGCAGGGAAUCUAUCAUGAGAGCUCCAGUUCUGCAGAGGAAGGGAGUCUAACAGUUGCUUCCUGGGAAGACCAGACAUUUCUGUCACAUGGUGCUUUGCUUGCCAAGAGUUGUAAGGCAGCAAUGGAGCUUGCCAAACACUGUCCUGAAGCUCAAAAUGUGGCUUUUCAGUACGGAAAACACCUUGCUCUUGGACACAAGUUAAACUCUGAUCUGCAGCCGUUUAUGAAGAGUGCGUCAGAACCAGCUGUGUUUAGUUUAGACUCAGCUCCUGUAUUAUUCCACAAACAGAUUAUAGGACCUGAGAGAUGGCGGCACCAGCUACAACAGACCCAGAAUAUGGCUAGACAGAUUGAUUACACAAAGCUCUGGGGCUUGAUAAAGAUGGAAAGAGGCGUGAGCCAAGCGCUAGAUCUGUGCAGUUACCACGGCAACAAAGCUUUAGAGGCCAUGAAGUGUUUCCCGCCCUCAGAGGCUCGGUCAGCACUGGAAAACAUGGCCUGCGCCGUCACCAAGUUCUGAAGAUGGUUUUUGAGCUGGAUGUAGAUGUAAAUCCAAUUCUAUUUGAUCCAGAAGCAGUUGAUUCAUGCUGAACCUGAGCCCCUCUUGGACUCUGAUCAUGGAGUUUUGAAGUUCUGACCUGCUUUCUUUGAAGGACAAUGAUACAGCUCUACAGAUGACAAAGAUGAUGCUGGUGUAGAACUGACAUAUGUCUUAAAUACAGAUUUAAUGGGAUGGUUCACCCAAAAUGAAAAAUCUUAUCAUCUUGUUCUCACCAUUAUGUUGUUCCAAACCCAUUUGAUUUGUUUUAUCUUCCAUGGAAAACAAAGAUGAGAAGUCAUUUUCAUUGUAUAGUAAAAAUGUCCCCUUUUGUGUUCGACAGAAGAAGAUUAGUCAAACAGAUUUGGAACAACAUGAGUGUGAGUUAAUGAUGACAGAAAUUAUGGCAGAAUCACCCAUUCAUUUAUGGGUGAACUAUCCCAUUAAGUGUGCAAGAGGAAAUAAAAGUCAAUUAUCACACAUGACUGCACAAUCCAGUUUACAUUCUAUGUAAAAAUUCUCAUAGACACUUUGCAUUUGGUCACCAAAUCAGAGAUAUCUUUUAAAAUAAAACACGCUGUCUGCAA